ACAUAUUCAUUCUUUGUUAAAUUGCAGUCAGUGGGUGAAUUGAGAUUAGUUUAGCUUGUAGAGCUAACAAUUUACUGGCAAGUAAUACGUCUUACAUAACGUAAAACACUGUUUAAAUAAUAGAUGAACUAGUUGGCAGAGCAACCUGGACUCAGGGGUAGACGUAACACGGCGGGGAAGUAAAAUAUGAUCACCAGGGGAAAGCAACACCUGGGUCCACGUAGUACGUUCCCAACCAUGAGGAGGUGACAGCCAGCUAACUCUGCUGCUAGGUCUUGCUGCUUGGACAUAUGGCAAGGAUCACUUUCUCAUGCCUGCCAGCCUCCUGGUACUGCAGUGUGUCCUUGCUGUCUCUGGGCUGUGUGCCCAGGCAAAGGGCCUUCUUCCUGGUGUUCCUCACCUGCUCUGCCCUGGUUUUCCUGGGGGUCUACCAGACUGAGCUCUGGGGGCCCCAGCGCCACAGGGGACACGUCAACAAAUACCUCUCAUCUGUGGAGACCAUGGAGGCUACUGAUGUCACCAACGCAGCUCUAAACUACGGGAUCGUGGUGGACUGCGGCAGCAGCGGCUCCAGGGUGUAUGUGUACUACUGGCCCCCCCACCAUGGAAACCUCCACACCCUGCUGGACAUCAGGCAGAUGAGGGACCACGACCGCCACCCUGUGGUCAAGAAGAUCAAACCUGGUAUUUCCACUAUGGCGCUGAGCCCAGCCAAGGCCAGUGACUACCUCCAUCCCCUCCUUUCCUUCGCUGCCACCCAUGUCCCCAGGAAGAAACACAAGGAGACUCCCCUCUAUAUCCUCUGUACUGCUGGCAUGAGACUGCUGCCUGAGAGUCAGCAGGCUGCUAUCCUGGAGGACCUGGUAAGAGAUGUUCCAGUGGAGUUUGACUUCCUGUUCUCCAGCUCCCAUGCAGAGGUGAUCUCUGGGAAACAGGAAGGUGUGUAUGCAUGGAUUGGUAUUAACUUUGUGUUGGGACGCUUUGACCAUGCGGAGUACGAAGAUGAUGCAAUGGUGGAGGUCACUACAGGGUCACAGAACCAUCACCCAAUUAGCCGGCGGCGUACAGUGGGCAUCAUGGACAUGGGCGGAGCCUCGCUGCAGAUAGCCUAUGAGGUGCCUAGCGCGGUCCACUUCAGUUCACCUGAACAGGAGGAGUCUGGUAAGAGCCUGCUGGCAGAGUUUAACCUGGGCUGUGAUUCAGAGCACACGCAGCACGUCUACCGUGUAUAUGUCACCACAUUCCUGGGCUUCGGGGGGAACAUGGCUCGACAACGCUACGAAGACCAGCUGGUCAACUCCACCAUCACCAAGAACAGACUGACAGGCGAUCAGACAGGCAUGAUGGAAGCCACGCCCCUUGCAGACCCGUGCCUCCCUGUCGGCCUAUCAGACGUGGUGCGUCGGGACGGCCGUGCGGUCCACCUGAGAGGGCAGGGGGACUGGGCGCGGUGCCAGGGAGCAGUCAGGCCUUUCCUGGGUCUCCACAACGGCACCAUGGGAUCCCCCAGGGGGGUGUACCAGGCCCCCAUCGACUACAGCAACUCAGAGUUCUAUGGCUUCUCUGAGUUCUUCUACUGCACCGAGGAUGUACUGAGGAUGGGGGGACCGUACGACAGCGCCAAGUACUCCAAGGCUGCCACGGACUAUUGUUCCACUAAGUGGUCAACCCUCACCAAGCGUCUAGACAGCAAGCUGUUCUCUAAACAAGCGGACUCCUCCAGACUGAAGUACCAGUGUUUUAAGUCAGCCUGGAUGUUCCAGGUGCUCCACUCAGGCUUCAGGUUCCCUAAGGACUACCCCAGCCUGAAGACUGCUCAGCUGGUCUAUGACAAGGAGGUGCAGUGGACCCUGGGAGCCAUCCUGUUUAAGACACGCUUCCUGCCUCUCAGGUCAGUAGGCACUUCUUGUGUGUGUCUGUCUGUGUGUCUGUCUGUUAUUAAUCCAUCUCUCCUCUCCAACAGGGACCUCCAGGCAGAGUCGUUUAAACAGGGCCACUCCAACUGGCUGCGUUCCUCCUUCGUCUACAACCACUACCUGUUUUUUGCCUGUAUCCUGGUGGUCCUGCUGGCCAUUCUGCUGUACAUCCUCCGCCUCCGCAGGAUCCACCAGCGAGAACAGAGGCAGGCUGAGGCCCUGGACCUGCUCUGGGUGGAGGAGGGGGAGGCUCUUCUGGCCUGAUCCAGGAUCAGUUUAGACUCUGAAUCUUUCUUGACCUGAGGCCUUGGGUGUGGGGGGGGGUUACUGAUCUAGGAUGAGUCGAGAUGCUCUCAGUAACUGGUGUUCAUAGCCUGGUAUGCACAGCUCUAGGAUCAACCUUUCACCCUCUGAGUUGUAGGCUUGACUGGUGCUCUAUUUGUUAAGAGGCACUGAUCUAGGAUCAGAUGAUCAACCGCAAAUCAUGACCUUGACUGGAACCAACGGCCUGUUGGGACAAUGAUCUAGGACCAGCUUAGUCACGCUGAAUCAUAACGUUGACUAAUGGCUAGAAAUGCAAUAGCAACGUCAUCCUACAACGAAGGUUUGAAUUAUGGGGGUGCUGGACACUCCCGUUUUUACACAUCUUUACACCCCAGAUACAGAUAUCAACGUUGACCUGACCGUGAGCUCCCUCGUAAAACAGAAAAUAUCAACCAAGGUCCAAAUCACUAUUUAUAGUAACCUCUGACCUAGAGUGUUGAUGUAAACAUAAGUAGGAGGGGCCAUGGAACUGGAACCUUCAAAAGGGGGAGGAGAAUUGCAGGAUGUGGGCGAAACAUCAUAAAGAGAGAACUGGAUCGUUAAAACAACGAAACAGGAAAAUCCCAACAGGUGAAAGACUGAGGACUGAGCCAUUCUAUUUCUAUUGUAGAUUAUUCACUGUUGCAGAGGGACCACUGUAUUGGCCAUUUUGUGUGAAGGAAGGUGAAGCUUGACGUUUGAGGCUGAAGUUGUCCUUAACCACAGAUCUAGAAUCAAGUAACCUACUCCUAAUCCUAACCUUAACCAUUAGGGGAAUGCAAAUAAAAUCUGACCCUGUAUCUGUGGUUAGGGGUAACUUCUAGCUACUCUUUGUUAAAAAGGGUGCCUUUAUGAUUGUCUGUUUGGACAGUAUUGUAACCAUGACGAUACAAACUGUGUGUCUGACCAGUAUACUUCCUGUAAAUCUCACAAACAGGAAGUGCAUUAAUUCCUUAAUAAUCCCACUGUGGUAAUGCUUUUGAUUUGAAGCUUUCAAAUAGAAAAAGGCUUUAUUGAUUUGUAUUGAAAAACUACAAUGAGGAAUCAAACAUGGGGCGGCAGGUAGCCUAGUGGUUAGAGCGUUGGGCCAGUAACCGAAAGGUUGCUUGAUCGAAUCCCAGAGAUGACAAGGUAAAAAUCUGUC